GGUCAAUCAUGAGGAUCGCGGGCGCCAUUGUGAAUGAGGUUGCAGGAACGGUAGAAGAGGAGUGAGGAGAAGGACGAACGAACUUGGGGAGAUGGCGUUGGAUUUGUAGGGAAGCCCGCGGACUUUUCGCCCAAGAUAUUGGAUUGGUGUGAACUAGAUUAGUCAAUGGAGUGAACUAGAUCCGCAGUGCAUGCAGGCUCUGCGGACUGUGCGCUUCGCUCGUUAUCGUGUGGUGAGCACAGUGCCAGGUUAGUCCCGACAGACGGUAUUACAUCGAUGUUCUAUGUUGCGGGGUUCACUUCUGCUUUUCCUCGGACAGCGAUCGAAGGGCGAUAUCGAUAAGCACCCCUGGUUCCGACUGCGGAGGUGCGGAGCCAGCCACCAUCGACCCUGCAUCCGAAAGCCAGCUAAGGCAGGAAUAAUGAUGACCGGUUGCUUACGGACUGCCGCUGGCGUCAAUUCCUCAAUUGUCCUCUUGCAGCGGGCACGUUGCGUUGCUGACCAUCGCCGUGGCUGCGACUCCCCGGAGCCCUCCUCGGAGAUGUGCCGAAAUGUUUUUGCAACAAUUACGCCAACGGUCGCUUACGGAAAAGUCAGCUGCCAAACCGUACGACCCGGGACCUUAACCUCCCUGGGCCAGGCACAGGCACAGGCGCAAGGCCUGCCCGAGGGCUGCCCAUCCUAUGCGGCAUCUUCCGAUUCCGCUGACCUAUCGCCUAAUUGUCCGUCGAAAGGGGGGAGGCGAGCGGUGCGAACUCGGACCAAUCCCCGCCUGGAGAUUUGUCGGAGCAUUCUGCACUUGCCGCCAUGGGUUGUUCUCGUGACAUUUCUCUUCUGCCUGGUCCAUGCUUGUCUUAGAUGGUUGCAUGCUUUUUCUUCACUGUGGGGAUGGCUUUCGGGGCUGGGGCUGGGCUGGGCUGGGCUUUACUCACACCGAGUUUGCGACGUGACGCCGAGCACUUAUUACGGGUGUGGGUAUCCGCGCCGUUUGCGUCUUCACGCUCGAGAGACCCUCCGUCCGCCUUUGUGUCUGGAUGGAUGGUAUGGGUCUGGUUUUGGUUUUAGUUCUAGCCAUCACUAAGAAACGGGCCGGACCUAGUUCCAGGCUUUCUACGGAUAGUGGCAGCGGUUAUCGCUGACCCGAUGCCAUAUCUUCUUCAACUUGCACUCUGGCGCAUCUUAAAUGUAGGAAAUGUCAGUAAAAACGCGGGUGAUGUGUGUCGAGGUUUUGUUGAAUACUACACAUGCAAUAUCAUCUACCCAUAGUCCCCGGGAGAGAGGGUCCAUUUCAUAUCAAGUAGUGUUCCUCAACUCCAACAACCCGCAACCAGCAAACGAGGCUAGGCACCUUAUGUUGAGCAAACCACUAGGUUAAAAAAGCACCCAUAUGUCACAAAGACGCGACGGCCCGCCAUGGCGAGUUUGUUUACCCGGGCACAUCCUGCAGGUAGGCAGGCACCUGUCUUUUAGGGUGUUUGGCCCCUAAACCUAG